AUGUCUUCAUUUCGAAAGCAUAAUAAUGACAGACAAGACGUGGACUUGACCACCACCACCAACAGCAACAUGCCAUCUCCAGUUGUUCAUCGACCAGAGUUCAACACACAAGAUCUUAUCAUUAAUCCACAACAACAACAACAAGCAAGUCAGGUUGUGUUAUCCACCGGAUGAUAUCAUUACAACAUCCAAUGAAAAGUGGUAAAAAGUUGAGUAUUCCAAGUGAAAAGUAUGCCGGAAACAACAACAAUCCACUGCCAUCAUUUUCCUCCUCCCUGUCAUCAUCCUCGUCACCGACUUCAUUCAGUAGUUCUGAUAUUGGUUAUGCUACAUCUCAACAUGAGAAUCUAGAUAUUGUUGAAGAAAUUGAUCGUAUCGAAUAUGGUAAACCAGUGAGUCGGAUGAGUUCACAUGCUUCGACUAUAUCGAGUGGUUCAGCGACUGUGAUUUCUACAUCUACAGAAAAAUAG